CAAACAUAGCAUAAACAUAGAAGUUAUUUUGUAGGCUUCAGGAUGCAGAUAUGGGUUGUGCUGCCAGCAUUGUUCUGCUUCAAGCCUUUCGUUCUGUGGUACAGAGGAACUGUCCACAUAUUUGUAGACGACGACAAGAGGAAUUGUCACAUGAAAUUCUGCCACUGGAUAGUGAUGAUGAAAUGAACAGACCUAGAACUCUCACCAUAAUGCAGGAGAAACCCAAACUUUUGGAGCCCUUGGAUUAUGAAACUGUCAUCACAGAGAUUGAAAGAAAUAUUGGGGACGACCCUCUUAAAGAUCUCAUUACGUUCCCCAACGAUGACUUUUCAACAGACACAAUUCCAUGGGAAAUAAGAACUCUGUACUCAUCUGUACCUGAAGAUGCAGAACAAAAUGUAGAAAAUUUAUUUGUUAAAGAGGCUUGUAAAUAUUACAAUUCUCAGUGGCAUGUUGUGAACUACAAAUAUGAAAAGUAUUCAGGGGAUUUUCGACAUUUACCACAAAAUGAAUAUAGACCAGAGAAAUUGCCUUCACAUUCCUUUGAAAUUGAUCAUGAAGAUGUUGAUAAAGAUGAAGAUACCACAUCCCACUCCUCUUCAAAAGGUGGUGGUGGUGGUGGUGGAGGAUUUGGAACAGGAAUUUUCAAGUCUGGCUGGCUUUAUAAAGGGAAUUUUAACAGUACUGUAAACAAUAGCAUUACUGUUCGGUCAUUCAAAAAGCGCUACUUCCAGCUGACACAGUUGUCGGAUAACUCAUACAUUAUGAAUUUUUACAAAGAUGAGAAAAUAUCAAAGGAACCAAAGGGAUGUAUAUUUUUGGAUUCCUGUACGGGGGUUGUGCAGAAUAGCAGGCUUAGGAAACAUGCCUUUGAGCUGAAAAUGAAUGACCUGACGUACUUUGUGCUGGCAUCUGAAAAUGAGCAGGAUAUGGAUGACUGGAUUUCCACUCUCAACAAAAUCCUGCAAAUAAAUCCGGAGGGGACCGUUCAGGAGAGGAAAAGCGCAGAUCUCACAGAUAUGAGACUUGAUUCUGCAGACGUUUCAGAGAAUUAUGAUUGCCCACAAGAGGAGACUGAUUCUUCAGAGAGCACCUUGCACCCAGACUUCUCAAAAUACAUCACGGAAACAGAAGAAACAGUGAAAGCUUCUCGAAAUGUGGAACGACUUAAUCUGUUCUCCCUAGAUCCUGAUAUAACUGCCUCAAAUCUUCAGAAAAAGGAGUUUCCAGGAACAGAUUCAGUGAUCAAACCAUUUGAGGAAAAGGAUGCAAAGAGGAUCAUGAUAACUUGUAAAUCCCUCAGUUUGAAUCUUCAGGCUUGUGUGACUGAGAACGAAAAUGAUCCUGUAACCAAUAUUGAGCCUUUUUUUGUAAGCGUGGCUCUGUUUGAUAUCAGGGACAACAGGAAAAUCUCUGCUGAUUUUCAUGUGGAUCUGAACCACACGCUUGUUACACAGAUGGUUUUAGGUUCCUCAUCUUCCUUGGAAAGUGGCAAUAUUGAAACAAUGGAAACGAGUGAAGCAGAAGAACCACUGGUCAAGGGAUUUCCAGAGACAUGGCUGAAGUAUCCAAAACAGGCUCUUUUCUCCAUAAGUAACCCCCAUUCUGAGAUUGUUUUGGUGGCAAGAAUAGAAAAGGUGCUCAUGGGAAAUAUUGCCAGCAGUGCUGAACCUUACAUUAAGAAUCCAGACUCUUAUAAGUGUGCUCAAAAAGUGUUAAAAUCCAACAAACAGUUCUGCAGCAAGCUGGGGAAAUACCGUAUGCCAUUUGCUUGGUCAAUGAGACCAGUGUUUAAGGAUAAUCAGGGAAAUGUUGACAGAGACUCCCGAUUUUCACCUUUGUUCAGGCAAGAAAGUAGCAAGAUUUCAACUGAAGAUUUGAUUAAAUUAAUAGCAGAAUACAGAAGGAAGUACUUCCAAAGAGAAGGCAGGAAUGAAGCAACACUUCUCACUUCUGCACUCCUGGGUUUGGAUCUGCUGGAGUCCAGUCACCCUUGGCUGAGGAGACGAGCAGAGAAGAUUAGCAAAAUACAGACCAUACCUGGCAACCUAGACAUUGCAGUAAAUUGUUUCCCUUUGGAACACCCAAAUUGUGUGACAUCAUCUUUUAUCCCAAUCAAGCCAUUUUAUAAUACAGAGGAGCAUCAACCUACGGUGGAAGUGGAAGAAUUUAUACAAGAAUCAACAAAAUAUUCCCGACCUUAUAGAGUGUAUAAGAACCAAAUAUACGUCUAUCCAAAACAUCUCAAGUACGAUAGCCAAAAAUGCUUCAGCAAGGCACGGAACAUAACAGUGUGUAUUGAAGUUAAAAGUUCAGAUGAAGGAGGAGCCAAGCCAAUGAAGUGUAUUUAUGGGAAGCCUGGCGGACCAUUAUUUACCACAGCAGCCUACACAGCAGUGCUACAUCAUUCACAGAAUCCUGAUUUCUAUGAUGAGGUGAAAAUUGAGCUUCCCACUCAACUCCAUAAGAAACACCACAUUCUGUUUUCAUUUUAUCAUGUCACCUGUGACAUAAAUGCAAAAGCUAAUGCCAAAAAGAAAGAGGCUCUGGAAACACCAGUUGGAUAUGCUUGGCUUCCUUUACUGAAAGAUGCCCAGUUAGCUUCUCAAGAACAUAACAUUCCAGUGACAACCAGUUUGCCUCCCAGUUACUUAAGCCUUCAAGAUCCUGCAAGUGGAAAGAGUGGAAGUGACAUUAAGUGGGUAGACAGUGGGAAGCUGCUUUUCAAAGUGUCUUCAUUUGUUGUAUCGACUGUAAAUACUCAGGAUCCAUAUCUGAAUACCUUUUUCCAGCAGUGCCAAAAAAGAGAAAUGGAUCUCUCCCAGCCUCUUACCUCAAGCUUUGUCAUGUCCUGUAAGAAUUUACUGAAAAUUGAGAAGAUCCAUGUAAUUAUGAAUUUUCUUCCUGUGAUCCUGAAUCAACUCUUUUGGAUUCUGGUACAAAACGACGUGGAUGAGGUUACCACUGCUGUGACGAGGGUUCUUACUGACAUUGUUGCCAAGUGCCAUGAAGAGCAAUUAGAAUACUGUGUCCGUUCUUAUGUAAAGUAUGUGUUCAAGACCAAGUCAUUCGAAGAAAGGACUGUCCAUGAGGAGCUCGCUAAGAACAUGACUGGUCUUUUGAAAUCAAAUGAUCAAGCAACAGUGAAACACGUUUUAAAGCAUUCCUGGUUCUUCUUUGCAAUUAUCUUAAAAUCAGUGGCACAGCAUUUGGUUGAUACAAACAGGACACAGAUUCCUCGAACUCAGAGACUUCCAGAAUCAUUCCAGGCUGAAUUAGACACACUGAUAAUGAACUUGUCCGACCAUGUUGUUUGGAAAUACAAAGAUGCUCCUGAAGAAACAAAAAAUGCAAACCACAGCAUUGCCAGAUUUCUUAAGCGCUGUUUUACGUUUCUGGAUCGUGGAUUUGUAUUUAAGAUGGUCAACAACUAUGUAAGCAUGUUCAGCUCAGGGGACCACAAGAUUUUAUAUCAGUACAAAUUUGACUUUCUUCAAGAAGUUUGUCACCAUGAACACUUCAUUCCUUUGUGCCUGCCCAUACGAUCUGCAAACAUUCCAGACUCUGUGACACCUUCAGAAUCAACGCAGGAAUAUCAUGCAUCAGAUAUUCCAGAAUACACCCUGACCAAUGAAUUUUGCCAUAAACAUUUCUUAAUUGGGUUGCUGCUUCGGGAGGUUGGCUAUGCACUGCAAGAGGACCAGGAUAUUAGGCACUUAGCUUUGGCUGUGCUUAAAAACCUAAUGGCAAAACAUUCAUUUGAUGAUCGAUAUGCAGAUCAGGAUAAACAGGCACAAAUAGCAAAUCUGUACAUGCCUCUCUAUGGUAUGCUUUUGGACAAUCUGCCAAGGAUUUACAUGAAGGAUAUUUUUCCUUUCAAUAUAAAUACAUCCAAUCAGGGAUCUAGAGAUGACUUGAGCACUGCGGGAGGAUUUCAGAGUCAAACUGCAAUGAAACAUGCAAACUCUGUGGAUACAUCUUUUUCCAAAGAUGUCCUGAACUCUAUAGCAGCCUUUUCAUCAAUAGCUAUCUCUGCAGCAAACCAUGCUGACUCCAGAGCUUCCUUAGCAAGUCUUGAGUCUAUCCCAAGUACCAAUGAAAAGAACAGUGAGAGAACUGACACCUGUGAAAAGAUUGUGAGACCUUUGUCUUUGAUUGGAUCAACUCUUCGCUUCGACAAGUUAGAUCAGGCUGAAACUAGAAGCCUUCUUAUGUGUUUCCUUCACAUUAUGAAAACAAUUUCAGAAGAUACAUUGAUUUCCUGCUGGCAGAGAGCUCCAUUCACAGAGAUAGCGGACUUCUUCAGUAUUUUAGAGGUUUGCCUGCAAAAUUUCAGAUAUCUAGGAAAACGAAAUAUAAUAAGGAAAAUAGCUGCUGCCUUUAAGUUUGCUCAGGCCACCCAGAAUAAUGGAACGCUUAAGGGAUCUAACUCAUCUUGUCAGACAUCUGGUAUACUGCCGCAAUGGAUACAUUCUACUUCCAGUCAUGAUGGCCACAAACAUCACAGAUCUCAAACAUUACCAAUAAUCCGUGGCAAAAAUGCAUUUUCCAACCCCAAACUCUUGCAAAUGAUAGACAGCAGCAUGGCAAGCAGCUCCAAUGACACAGACAUUGUACACUAUGCGGACACAGAGGCAAAUAUUGCCACAGAGGUGUGCCUCACCAUUCUUGAUCUACUGUGUCUUUUCACUCAGAACCACCAGAGACAACUCCAGCAAUCUGAUUGCCAGAAUGCACUGAUGAAAAAGGUCUUUGAUACCUAUCUGCUCUUUUUGCAAGUCAACCAGUCGGCAGUAGCCCUCAAGCAUGUCUUUGCUGCCUUGCGGUUGUUUGUGAGCAAGUUUCCUUCAGCAUUUUUUCAGGGGCAAGCAGACAUGUGUGGAUCAUUCUGCUAUGAAAUCCUGAAAUGCUGUAACCAUAGGUCACGGUCAACUCAGACAGAGGCAUCUGCUCUUCUUUAUUUUUUCAUGAGAAAGAACUUUGAAUUUAAUAAGCAGAAGUCAAUAGUCAGGUCCCAUCUACAGCUCAUCAAAGCUGUAAGCCAAUUGAUUGCAGAUGCAGGGAUUGGUGGAUCUCGGUUUCAACAUUCACUUGCAAUUAUAAAUAAUUUUGCUAGUGGAGACAAGCAGAUGAAAAACAGUCACUUUCCAGCAGAGGUGAAAGACCUGACCAAACGCAUCAGGACAGUUUUAAUGGCCACAGCUCAGAUGAAGGAACAUGAGAAGGACCCAGAGAUGCUUGUAGACCUGCAGUACAGUCUAGCAAAUUCAUAUGCCAGUACACCUGAAUUACGAAGGACUUGGCUUGAAAGCAUGGCCAAGAUUCAUGCUAGAAAUGGAGAUUUAUCAGAGGCUGCUAUGUGCUAUAUCCAUAUAGCUGCCCUCAUUGCAGAAUAUCUGAAAAGAAAAGGUUACUGGAAAAUGGAAAAGAUUUGUACCUCACGUAUGCUCCUGGAAGAUGUUCAAGUCUCUGAUAGUAAUCUGUUACUAACUACUCACAAUGGAGGAAGCUUAUUUUCCAUGGGAUGGCCAGCUUUUCUAAAUAUUACCCCAAACAUUAAAGAGGAAGGAGCUAUGAAAGAAGAUUCUGGAAUGCAAGAUACUCCAUAUAAUGAGAAUAUCCUUGUGAAGCAGCUGGAAUUGUGUGUUGAAUACCUGUGGAAGUCUGAAAGAUAUGAACUGAUUGCUGAAGUUAACAAGCCUAUCAUUGCUGUAUUUGAGAAACAAAGAGAUUUUAAAAGACUGUCAGAUCUGUACUAUGACAUCCAUCGAUCAUAUCUGAAGGUCGCAGAAGUAGUGAAUUCUGAGAAACGUUUAUUUGGCCGAUACUAUCGUGUUGCUUUUUAUGGGCAGGCUGUGGGCUUUUUUGAAGAAGAGGAAGGUAAAGAGUAUAUCUAUAAAGAACCCAAGUUAACAGGGCUGUCUGAGAUCUCACAGAGACUGCUAAAACUUUAUGCAGAUAAGUUUGGUGCAGACAAUGUGAAGAUAAUCCAAGAUUCCAACAAGGUCAACCCCAAAGACUUGGAUCCAAAAUACGCCUAUAUCCAGGUCACGUAUGUCACGCCUUUCUUUGACGAGAAGGAGGCUGAAGACAGGAAGACUGACUUUGAAAUGCAUCACAACAUCAACCGUUUUGUAUUUGAAACGCCUUUCACGCUGUCAGGAAAAAAACAUGGAGGGGUAGAAGAGCAAUGCAAGAGACGCACAAUCCUGACAACCAGUCAUUUAUUUCCGUACGUGAAGAAGCGUAUUCAAGUCAUAAGCCAAACAAGUACAGAACUGAACCCUAUUGAAGUAGCUAUUGAUGAGAUGUCCAAAAAGGUUUCAGAACUUAAACAGCUUUGCACAAUGGAAGAAGUGGACAUGAUUAGACUGCAACUCAAACUUCAAGGAAGCGUCAGCGUCAAGGUAAAUGCAGGACCAAUGGCAUAUGCCCGAGCUUUUCUUGAAGAAACAAAUGCUAAGAAGUAUCCUGAUAACCAAGUCAAACUCCUGAAGGAAAUCUUCAGGCAGUUUGCAGAAGCAUGUGGGCUUGCUCUUGAAGUUAACAAACGCCUUAUUAAAGAGGACCAGUUAGAAUAUCAAGAAGAAAUGAAGUCUCAUUAUAAGGAUAUGGUCAGCGAGCUCUCUGCAGUCAUGAAUGAACAGAUUAUCCACAAGGAGGAGUCAGCAAAGCCACAAGGAAUGGAACGAACCUAUUCACGAACCUUCAGUAGAACAAACAUAGCCCUGCCAGGAGCAGUGAUAUCAAAUCCUGACAUCUGACUGAAACAUCUUUGACUUUAUGCAUACCUCUGGAGGACAUUUUUUUUUAAGUGUAAAGUGAUCAUGAACAAUACAUGAAAAUGGAUUGUGCGAUAUGGUUUUAAUUUAUUGGAAGUCUUCACAUAUUUUUUAAAACUGCUAGCUUGAUUAUUUUUUUUGUCCAACCCUGUAUUUGUACAUUUCUUAUCUUUUUUUUAAUUGAGAAGUCUUUAUUAAGUGAGGCUGACGAUGAAAUUUCCAUUGAACGUUUAGCUCCACAGCAAGCCCUAAGUUUGCUGUAAAUGAUAAUAUAUCUAAUACUAAAUCCUAGUAUACAUAUAUUUUAAAGGUCAAAUGUGGGUGUUUUGUAACAUUUAAGUAUGUCAUAAUUGUAAAUAGAGGAUGUGUAAAAUACGUCAUUUUUACAAAAUUGAAAAGACUAUCUUUUUAGUUAAUAAUUAUAAGUGUACUAAAAAUAUGAAUAACUUUUCAGAUACAAUUAUA